AACCCUCCAUUCUAAUCGUGCUUUGCCACUUCCUCGAUAGAUGCCGGGAGAAUCCAAUUUUCCGAGCUUUCCACAGCCGUGACGUCACCAUGCCAGGUCCUCAAAGUAAAAUCAAUUGAGUCGCGCGCAAAUUGAUCAUAGUGACCUAAAUGUGACUAUGCCGCCAUUCUAGGGUACUUUCGUGUCCGUCCUUUCGGUUAAAAUUCUAAAAAAAUCAUCAGAAAAACGGGGGUAUGGACUUGGAAAUGCAACUUAGGGCGGCAGAAGCCAGAAGGGUCGACCUAGAAAGACAGCAUGCAGAUGCCCUUCAGGCCCUCAGAGGUUGCGGUCCAGAAACACUCGAAGCAAGACAAUCCAGAGUACGGGAACUAGAAAAGAAAGUAGCACUAGAAACAGUGAGGUGUGAAGAACUGCAACUAGAACUAGCAUCAUCACAGAGAGGCCGAAUGGGCACGAGUAUGCAGGGCAUGCAGAUAUCCAGCAACAUGGGUGGCCAGUCCUGGGGCAAUAAAGGUACAGAAAUAGAACGAAUUAUGGCUAAAAUAGAACAAGAUAACAGAAUAUUAGCUGAGUUAGACCAUAGUCGAUCUACAACUUUGGGGACUGGUUUGGCAACAAGCGUAAGUUCCCACGCCUUAGGAGAAUGUAGUCCUCCCAUUUCUCCCAUAACAAUGUCACACACGACUCCAAGCAUAUACCCAACGAUGAAUACAGGCAUAGGACAAAACUCUUCAUACCACGGUACCACAAACAUCACGGGCAGUUAUCUUCCGUCAAAUCCAGUUCCGGUGGGCUACAAUCCGACUUCAGGACAGUAUAACAGUUUAAGUCAUCAUUAUACUAAUAAAAGUAGCAUGAUGGGAACGACAAUGAACAGUCUGGGUCAACAUUCCAUGGGAAUGGGCGGUACUUUGGGACAGACAAGUGUACUAGGUUCUUCCUUGCCUCCAAAUCUUUCUUCGAUAGGAACAGGCGUAAUGGGCACACUUCCGUCAAACCUAGGCACUUCCAUCGUGCCCACCAGCUACAACCAAACAGCCAUUUCAAACAAUACCUUCACCAACCCACUAACAAAUAACCCGACUGGUCUUCAGCAAACUUCCUACAACAACCCCUCCUUUAGCAACCCCGUAACGAGCUCUCUAACUCAAUACACGCUUCCCUACACAAAUCCCUUAAAUCCAGUAGUAUCGACCAGCUUUGCCAAUAACAACGUAACCUUUUCAAACCCUUUGAGUUCACAGUUUAAUAGUUUACCCCUGUCGGGGACGUCAAUGAGCAUCAAGUUGAAGCAAAUCGAUGAUGUCGAUCUCGGUACCCGACGUGUAGCUACCCCUGUAACCCCACACCCACCGCCCCCUUGGGGCGGCACAACCAUGUCUGGUAUAUCAGAUUUGAGACCGAGGAUGCUUACAGAUGGACUGGAUUCAGACUGGAGUACCCUCCACAGCGGACCCGACAGAAACUUCUUGAAUGGGCAAAUGAGCACGGAGGGUCAAGUCGAUAUGCUGGAUAUACCUGGGAAAGGGAGAUGUUCUGUGUAUAUAGCAAGAUUUUCUUACGAUCCUGAACCAGAUGCCGAAGAAGAACUGAGUAUUCAAGCUGGGGAUUACCUUUUAGUUUGGGGCGAUCCUGUGGGCCCCGGUGGAUAUCUAGACGCUGAACUUUUAGACGGGAGAAGAGGAUUGGUACCUUCACAUUUUGUACAAAGAUUAAUAGGUGACGAUCUUCUGGAGUUUCAUCAAGCAGUACUUAGCACAUUAAGAGAAGAGGAAAUAAAUCAGGAAAACUUUGCCGCUGAUGUUCAAAGACUUAACGAAAUCGCUGAAAUGACUGAAGCUCACGAAGAUGAAGGCCCUGAAGGUGAGACAGCUGACCUUUUCUUCUCGGUGUUAGUGCCGGCUCCUAGACAGCUGACCCUGGAGCGGCAAUUAAAUAAGAGUGUACUCAUCUCGUGGACGGCUCCUGAUGGCAUCGGACCAGGUAAUCAGAUUGAGAGCUACCACGUAUAUGUGGAUGGCGUGCUGAAAGCCACGAUAAAGGCCACUGAGAGAACCAGGGCUUUGGUGGAAGGGGUGGAGAGUAAUAGGCCGCAUCGGAUCAGUGUCAGAUCAGUGACAGCUAAUCGCAGAACAUCUAGAGAUGCUGCAUGCACGAUGAUAAUCGGCAGAGACACCCAUUCGCUAGGUCCCAGCGCAGUUAGAGCUUCAAAUAUAACGUCGACGUCCUCUGUCAUCAGUUGGUUACCUGCCAACUCCAAUCAUCAACAUGUAGUUUGUGUUAACAAUGUCGAAGUAAGAACAGUCAAACCGGGAGUUUACCGUCACACAAUUACCGGCCUCGCACCGAAUACUCAAUACAGAGUCACAGUGAGAGCGAAGCAUCACAGAACUGCACAGAAUGUAGCUAACUUAGCCGAAGAAUUACCGAUGCCUGCUGCUGCUCACACUGACUUUAGAACGCUACCUAAAGGUUUACCCGAUCCACCCAGUGAUAUUUUGGUUGAACCAGGACCACAAGAUGGAACGUUAUUGGUUACCUGGCAUCCUAUCCUCAAUCCACACCACCCCGGUUCUGCCAUAACAGGUUACGCAGUAUACGCCGACGGGAAGAAAGUCACAGAUGUAGAUAGCCCUACUGGGGACCAUGCGCUAAUUGAUAUCAGUAAGUUGCUAGGUUUAAACCCUAAACAUGUCACAGUGCGCACUAAGGCAAGAGACAGUCAGUCAGCAGACAGUGUACCAACUCCUAUACCGCUUAGCGUCUUACGAGGAGGAGCUGUCAAGUCUAGACAACAGCCACAUUCUGCCGUGAUGCCAGCUCAUCUUCGUCAGCAGAUGCCGAGGCAGCAGCAACAGCAAACUGGACAACAGAUAAUUGAGCCGGAAGAGAAUUUAAGCGACAAAGAAAUAUUUCCGAACUCCACAACACAUCGGCAACAAGGAGGAAUUCCAUCUAUCGCACACCGAUGCGUUGCAGAAAUAACUAAAGAAAAUUAUGAGAGCAACAUGUCUGAAGAUGAAUUGGUCGAUCGAAGAAAUCAAAGACAAUAUCAGCAGAGGAAUCAGCAACGACAGGGUCAGCAAAGAUCGGAACAACAGCAACAGCAACAGCUACAGCAGCAGCAGCAGCAGCAGCAACAACAACAACAACAACAGCAACAGUCACAACAACAGCAGUCACAACCUCAACAACAACAGUAUUAUCAACAACAGCAAGCAAUUUCGAGGGACCCAAACAACCGUAUGCCACAGCAGAUACGUAACCAACAAAUGCAGGGUGCUCGAGGAGGGCCCAACAAUCCCCAGAAUAAUCCUGGUAAUCGGCCAGAUCCACAGAAGAGAGCAAGAUGGUUUGUUGCGCUGUUCGAUUAUGACCCAGCAACAAUGUCUCCCAAUCCAGAUGCUUGCGAUGAAGAACUACCGUUUUCGGAAGGGGAUACCAUCAAAGUGUGGGGAGAUAAAGACGCCGAUGGAUUUUAUUGGGGUGAAUGCAGAGGUAGGAGAGGUUAUGUUCCGCACAAUAUGGUAAUGGAGUUGGAAGGAAAUCAAAAUAGGGAUAGAUGGGGUGAUAGUUUAAGUAACGCUCCAGUCAAACGAAUGGUUGCUUUAUAUGACUACGAUCCGCAAGAAUUAAGUCCGAAUGUGGAUGCCGAGGUAGAAUUGAGCUUCACCACGGGCCAAAUCAUCAACGUGUACGGGGACAUGGACGAUGACGGGUUCUACAUGGGUGAAAUAGAUGGCGUGCGUGGACUAGUACCAUCUAAUUUUUUGACUGAAGCCCCCGAACAGUAUGGUGCAGGACAGACGUCUCAACAGGGGGUACAACGAGGACAAAGAGGGAGAGGAGUUGGUCCAGGCGCUAGAGGACCUCCGCCACCGCCAAGAGAGAAUCAGAUGCGGGGAAGAAAUAAAGAUGCCUGCCUUCCUGUGUAUACCUCUCAGUUAGACUCGCUGAACACGUCUACGACACCGAACACUAUCACCGAGCACCAGCAGGGGAGAGCGAGAGGCAUGCUGAGGCCCGGUGGUAAUCAACAACAACAACAAUCCCAACAACACCCUCCACUACAGCAACAACAAUCUUUUGGUGGUCAGCAGAUGAAUCAAAUGAACCAGCAACCUCCCACAACCACGUCGAGUGGUGGUGGACUGUUUAGCAGCCUCAUGGGCACAAGCCAGCCGCAGCAACAGCAACAACAACAGCCUUUCUCCAAUCAGAACCAAGUUUUCCAAAACCAAAAUCAAGGAUUCCAGAACUCCAAUAGAAUACAGCAUAAAGGAGUGCCACAGGUAGUACCCAAUGUGAUGGGCACCGGGGGUCCCAUGCCCAAUAAUCAACAACCUCAAAUGAAUGCUCCGGGGGCGCCGAACUUAAUGCAAAAAUUAAAUGAAAUUACUGCACCAGGAGGUGAUAUACUUUCGAAAGGAAAGGAACUUAUAUUUAUGAAAUUCGGUCUUGGAGGAAAAUAACCAUUUUUGAUUUUUUAACUGUUAAUUUUUGAUCAUGCUGUUUUUGGAACCGUUGUGAAAAAAUCUUCCAUCUUGACGAGAUAGUGUGAUACAUUUUUAUGUAUAAUGGUUUCGGCGAAGUUAUGACAAUAUUACAUUUUAUGUGUACUAAACUGUAAUUUUGUCAUAAAUAUUUGAAUAUUUCAGGGAUCUAAUACUAUAAUAAUUAAAUCUGAUUUUGUUUUUAUAGUAAUUUGUGACUUAGAUCUUUGAUUAUUUUAAUAGAAUUAUUGUUUUGUUUAAUAAAAAAAUAUUUAUAUAUUAUUAAUAUUUUUAAAUUAGUUAGAGUUAAGUAAAUAAAUGAAAAUUAAAAGUAUCCCUGAAAUAUGAUUAUAAAGAGAACAAUUAGUAAUAUUUGCAGUAACAAUUAAAUACGAUUAAAACAGUUUACUUUUUAUCUCUUGUAUUAACAUUUUAGAUAUACUGUUUUAUUCAUAAAUAUGUUGUGAUUGCUUUCCCCACGACCCGCGAGUACUGUAAAGAAUUCAACCCUCAACUACUGACGUGGAUGUUUCAGGAUAUAGACAGACUUGUGGUAUGUCAUACCGUUGCCUAUUCUCCUUUGUUUUCAAUGUGAAUUUGUCUUUGUAUGUCAAUGUCUUGAUAUAUCAAAUCACUGUAUUUGUUUUUACAUUCACUACGUAAUAAUUCUCCACACUGCUGUAGAAUAAAGUACUGCUCCAAAAAAAUUUAUUUUUUCAAGAAAAUUAUGAACGCAUGCAUAAUAUUAAAAAAAUGGUGGAGGUUUAAAUCCUUUAUAAACUGAAUUACAAAAAAACUAGUAUUGGUAACUAAAAAAUAGUAAAAUAAUCACGAAUUUAUAAUAAUAAUUCACUUGAAAGUUGAAAAACUUGAUGAAAUUGCUGCCAUACUAAUAGCGAAAGAAUACUGAGUGGACUACUUUUAACCAUAGAAACGUAAACACUGACAAUGUGGUUUGAUGAUGCCGCAAAAAAACUUUACGUCAACGUAGCUCAAAGACUAAACCAUAAAACCAUAAUAAAACUGCUGCAGUUGGAAGCAGUUACAAUAAUUAUACACCAUUUUAAGAUACACAUAAGGUGUUCUAGGCAUCUUGUAUAAAACAGGUUUUACGACAAAAUGUAGGUAUUUUUAGCGCGGUGUGGCAUACCGCAUGUCAGUGGUUAAAUAAGGGUUAAUAAUAUUAAUCAUAUUAUGAUUUCUUCAUAAAAAUGAACCCACCAAAGUUUUGUUCUAUGAAAAAUAAUCAUAUUACCUAAUAAACGAAAGCUUUACACAAGGGUUCAAAAAUGCAAAUGACUUAGUAAAAAUUAUCGAAUACAAUUCCCUCGAUGUAAGCAGUUUAAUGAGUUCAUAGUACAAGGCACGUCCUAGCAAAUUUUGUAUGCACAUUCUAGGUUCAACCAUCUGUGCCCUUCUGCUGUGAACUGACGGCGUUUAUUUUCGCUAAUAAUUUUGGUACGCUUUCAUAAGUCGAAGAAAUAAUAUCUACUAUUUAACAUGGGAUUAACUGCCUAUCUUUUAAAUGUAACAAACAGAAAUCAUAUUAUUUUAUAUCGAUAAUAGUACUAGUCUACGCUACUUACGACCAGGGCCGGCGAUAACGGGCCUGCAAGGGAUGCACUGCAGACGGGCGCUCCUAUUUGGGGUGCGCCAAAAUGAACUUUUUUUCUGCCGGUGCUAUAUAAAAUACUAAUUUAAAAUAAACCGAAGGGCGCUUAUGCUUCUUUUGCAGGCGGGCGCCUUAUACCCUCGCGCCGGUACUGCUUACGACAGAACGACAACUAUAUACUACGUUCAUUCCCAAUAAAAUUGAAAGGGUUUAUUCAUUUUUAAUUUAUUUUAUUUUUACUCUAUUUGGAGUAUGAAGGCAACCAUUCUCGCUGGAAAUUUACCGCGCUGAGCAGAUGGGAGCGAUUGCAAAUUCUAAAAUUCCCUCAAAAUUUAGUCUCAGCAUCCGCAUGGCUUUCAUUUUUAGAAGCCUCAGAUGGUGUAACCAGAGAAGGUUUCCAUUGUUUUCAAUCUGGUACGAUGUAAAAUAAUAUUUUAAAUGUUGUUUUAUGUGUUAUUAGAUUAAAAUAUUAGUCUUUUUUCUAGCAGAUGUCGCUAGGACAUCCCUGUCAUUUCGUUCGUUGCAAUCCGUGACUGCACGCGGAGGUUUAUUCUGGUUCAGUCAGAGAGAGGAGCGUAGAUAUCUCCUGAUGAGGGGCUAAAAAGCUCCGAAACCGUUAUAGAUAUUUGCUGCACUCUCUGAUUGAACUAGAAUAUAAUACGGCUGGAGUUUCGGGUUGCAAGGAAAUUUAAAAUGUUAAUUCAUUUUUAAUUUAUAUAUUUACUCCAUUUGGAGAACGAAGGGAAGCAUUCUAGCUGGAAAUUUACAGCGGUAAGCAGAUGGGAUGUGAUAUAUAAAUUGUAAAAUUCCCCCACCUUCUUUUAGUAUCAGCAUCCGCAUGGCUUUAGAAGCCUCGGAUGGUGUAACCAGCGAAUAUUUUCAUUGUUUUCAAUCUGGUAUGAUGUAAAAUAAUAUUUUAAAUGUUGUUUUAUUUGCUAUUAGAUUGAAAACUUAGUCUUUUUUCUAGCAGAUGUAGCUAGGACAUCCCUGCUAUUUCAUUCGUUGUGAUCCGUGACUGCAUGCGGAUAUUUAUCCUGGUUCAGUCAGAGAGAAGAGCAUAUGUAUCUCCUGAUGAGAGGCUAAAAAGCUCCGGAACCGGUAGAGAUACUUGCUGCACUCUCCGAUUGAACUAGAAUAUAUUACGGCUGCAGUUUCGGGUUGCCACGAAAUUGAAAAUGUUUAUUCAUUUUUAAACCCAUAUUCUCUUACGGGGUUAAUAAAAUUAUAUAAAUUGUUAUUGCAAAUAUUUAUCGAAGAAAAAGACAAUAAAUGUCUUUUUCUUUAAGAUCUAGUACAUGCCAAAAUUGAAAAUCAAAUCUGCUUGACUAUACAAAAAUAAAUAUUACCUACUUGCUAGGUAUGAAGGUAGAUGCUACACAAACCUAGAUAAUACAAAUAAAAAUACGGGUAUUUAAUGCUGAAGAAGGAGCAAACCAUAAAAUAAAGGGUGUAUGUGCCGCAUAAAAACUCUCAAUUAGUAAAUCAAUUUGGGCGUUAUUAUAGGUCACUAACAAAAAAAAAUAAUAUAAGGCUUAUACAAUAAUUAUUAAUUGUUUUGAUUUUUAAUUUACUUGAUUGCCUAUUCCAUAAUAAAGCGAUGAUUUUAUAAAUAAUCUUAGCUAACUUUCUUAAUUAAUAAUGGUAAAAAUGUAGAAAUUAUACAGAUAUUUUUUUUACACUUUUGAAAGUUAACUUGUUAUUCAUAGAUUAGAUUUUUAUGUAACGUAACAUUUUAUUUCAUUAUAAAAGAAAAUAUUUCAAGUGAUACUUAUCAAUAAUUAAAAGAAGAUAUCUGGACAAAAUCAAAAGUAACAUUUUAACUGUUUGUAUUUAAAAAUAAAUAUUGCAAUAAUUUAAUAUUAUACUUAUUUAACACAAUAUACAAUACUGGUAUUAUACCUCAAGAGCGGCUGUUGUCUACAUUCGUUAUACGUUAUACUGCCAAAGAAAUCCAAUGCAAAAGAAUAUUCAGAACAUCGAACAAUAUCUUUAAUGAGCCAUCUACUAAAGAUAUUUCUGCCCACAACCCAGUUUAUUAAAAGUUGGAGUCAGAUAUUAUUGAUAUCCAGAUGGGGUUCAGAGAAGCACUAAAAGUAUUCGAGAAGCUCCCUUCAAGUACGCCAUGAUUAGUUAAGACACAUUCUUGAAAGAAAGGACAUAGAUAAUAAAGAUUUACGAAUAAUUCUCAAUCUAUAUUGGAAUCAGGAAGCUAACAUCAAAAUAAAAAAUGAGACAUCACAAGCAAUAUAAAUACGUAGAGGUGUACGAGAGACUCGUAGACUCGUAAAAACGUAGAGAAAUUUAAUGUAUAUGUUACGCGCAAUAACGGAAAUCCGGCCAAGAACGUUAAUAACCGGUCAAUAUCGACAAUGGCUUGUUGAAUUAGUUUCGACAAUGGCCGGAUAUUAACGUUAUUGUCCAUAGAAACUCGACAUUGAUGAUAAUUUUAAAUAUGGAUAACAUUGAUAACAUUUCCAUCAUUGUCCGGUCAAUGUCAACAAUGCUCGUUGUUAAUCGGUCAAUGUUGAAAUUUAGACUAAAUUUAGGUUAUGUUUAUUAUUUGCUACAUUUCUGUUCUCGCACUGUCAUAUUAUAUAGUAAAUUUAUGUAAAAAGUGUUACAAAAUGCCAUGGUUUACUAUCUUGUCAAAAUAAAAAUGAGUAGCCUUCAAAAGCUAUCUUAUAUAAAAAAAUAAUAGGACAUCAUACCUAAUUUGAUUUAUUUAUCAACAUUGGCCAUUUGCUUUUGGCCACUGUCGUCAUAGACCGGUUAUUGAUGAAAACUCUAAUUUUAAGUUAUUUUUUUUACAACAUUGGCCAAUAGCUAAUGUUAUUGUCGUUAAUGGCCAGGCAUUGUCGUUAAUAACCAGGGGAAAUGGACAUUCACGACAAAUACCGGUAUUUAACGUCAAUGACCAAUUUACAUCAUUGUCCGUAACAUAAUAUACAUAUAAUGAAAGCAUCUGCCAGGAGGCUCUAUUGCAAGCAAACGAAGGAAUUGUAAUCAAUGAAGAGGUUGUCGAUAAUAUUCGAUACGCGGACGACACUGUACUAGUGGCAAGAACAGUAGAAUAAUUACGAUCACUUAAAAACAUAAAUAUUGCUUGCAACAAUUAUGGGAUAAAUAUCAGUAUAAAAGAACCAAGUAUAUGGUCUUCAGUUUUAUUUAUUUAGCGUAUGGCUUAAGUAUAUCACCGAAUAUAUUUAGAUUUAUGCAUUAUACAAUGCAUCAGAAACAGAUGUCCAAUUUUUUUAUAUAUUCGAUUGACCCUUCGGUUGCCAUUACAAAGUCUAUAGGGUCGCCUGUGUAUGCUCUGCGUGGGCAGUCCUGAACAAUGUGACUGAUCGUCUGUCUUGCAGCGCCGCAGUCACAAGAAGGCGAGGGUAGUUUACCCCAUCUGUGGAGGGAGUCGGCGCAUCUUCCACAGUUUGUUCGAAUUCGAUUAAGGGCUGCCCAAAUCUUAAGGGGACGUUCAAAUUCGCCAGGUUUCCCUAUGAUGUCCGGUAGACUAUGGUAAUGCGGAUCUGUCCUACUUUCCCAAUCUUCUCUCCAUCGGGUAUUUAAGUCAAAGUUGGAUUGCUGAAGCGCUUGAGCAGAUUGUAGAGGGGUAACCUGGAUCGGAGACGGUUUCCAAGAAUAUCGGGGAUGUCGUUGUGGACUAGAAGCUGGUGACUGUCCAUUAUUUUGUUAUAUUCUUUAACCAAUGCAUGUUCGCGGCGUAGGUUGUAGUG